AAAUGGUAGAAGCGAAAAACAAUUUUUUUUAUAAUUCGUUUAACAAAAAUUGUCUACACAAAUUUUAUUCAGGUAUGUAUGCACUGAGAGUGAAACCGGUGGUAUAAGGUAUGAGUUAAUGUAAUAUCGUUGUCUAUCUUUUGUUAGCCUACCAAGCAUUUUUCCCGCCCCCAUCAUUGUUCUUUUGUUUUUUCGGAUAACUCUGAACAAGAAAGACUCUCAAUAACUUUUCUCUAAAAUUGGCCGUCUUAGAAUUAUAAGCCAUUUAAUGUCUGAAAAACCCCAAAAAUGGUACAAGAUCGUGAAUAGUUUUUAGCGUUAUUUGUUAGACCAAAAUUAGUGAACGUUUGGAUCUCGCAGACUGUACCUAGGAACAACACACGUAAGUAUUCUGUUUUAUGAUGCCAGGUACUACAGAACUAAAAAAGUGGUACCUUAAAUCGAUGUGUUAUCUAUUUGGUAUCUUAAGAGUAGGAAAGAGUUCAUAGUGAUUUCAAGUAAUGACAAUCUUUAGGCAGGUUUAUCGAAAGAAUGUAUUCAUUUAGUAUAAUUGUGUGUUAGUGCUACAAACUGUAGGAAUAGUAGUGCAUCAUUUAUAGGAGGCUGUCAUGUCAGACGCUACAGAGGUUUUUCCACACAUCAAUGUGAGAGACCUAAUACGUUCCUUCGAGCAAAAAUCUCUUGAUGGCAACAUUACACAGCGUCGAGCAAGAUCAAAAUCAUUCGGAGUUAUCGAUGAAUACACUACAGUACGUUGUGACGACUUAGAGACACUUGAAGAUGUAGAAGAAGCGUUGAUACUUACAGAAACAUAUAUGCGACACUACUUCGUAUACGACAAAGAUAAACAUUUUUCUUUUCUAGAACAAUUGUUCAACAUCCUUACAUGCACUGUGAACAUUGAAAGUGAAACGAAGGGGGAUCGUGAAAAAAAGAAGCGUUUGAAUAGUAGAACAAAGAAAUUGCUUGUGGUUUUGCAUUCUAAAGUACCUUUACCUACUUCCACGUCGUUUAAGACAUACACCAAUAGCAGGGAAGGAAGUCAAUAUGAUGACGUUUUUCCAUCGUCCGUAAGUGGCGAUCGGCUAUCGCCAUCUAUGACUAGUGAUAAGUGCACAUUGUUGAAUGGAGACAUAUCAGAUGUUUGUGUUAAAAGCCUAAGGUCCAAUUUUGAAGACCCCAGAAAUGCAAAUAAAAAAAUAAAAGUCAUCGUGUCAACUCCAAAAGCUAAGAGUGUAGAAAACCUAUGUAGAGAAGAUCAAGAUACUAACAAUAAUGAAAACUUGCAUGUGCUAGAAGACUUUAUCAAAGAAAACGAAAAAGUUUCUGUUAAAAAGUUGAAAGCUAAUUUUGAGUCGAAUGACGAAAUUGAGUCAGAUAAUUCGUCGGCAGAAAGGAAGAAUGCGAGUCCGGUGUUGAGCAGAAGUGUAUCAAUCAAUCGAAUAUCUAAAACAUUAAGUGGUAAUUUUGAAACAACCGAGGGAACAGAAACAUCGGGAAGUGAUGGAAAGCAGAGUCCGGGAUUGAUUAGAAGUGUUUCAUUGAACAGAAGUGUAGAUUUUUCUGAUGAAACAGACAAAUCGCCAUGUUCUGUUUCGGUGAUUAAAUUAAAAAAAAUUUUUGAAGACAAAUCACGAAGAUCAAGUCGAAUGGAAGUUGUAAACGAAAGUCCAAAAUAUAAAGUGCAUCUAGACAAGAACAUGCCGUACACUGACGGAAAUUUGGCAUUCCACAGACUGAAAAAAGCUCAUUCUGGCUACUAUCUGGAUUAUUUGAGUCUGAUCAAAAUGGCUAACUUGUGCAAAAGCGAUGGCAGAGAUGACUUAAAUCAAACAUACCAUUCGGAAAAAUUUGACGCUGAUGAUGCAGGAAGCACAAGAGAUGAAUCUUGUAGAAGCGACGAAUAUAACACUGCUGAUGAACUUGAUAAUUUGGAUGAAGAUUUCAAGUAUGAGAAAGCCACGGAAGCCAACGUCCAGUAUAAAUCUGCUACUAUUGAAUCACUGAACAAACAAGAAACUGUGAAGACUGAUAAUGAUCCCCAAGGAAAAAUACCAUUCAAAGAGAUAGAGAUUGAAGAGCUAGAUGAUGUGGAUGAUCCCAAGAUAGAGGACGAUUCAAGUCAAAUAGAAGUUGAAGUCAUUGAAGAUGAAAGCGAGGAAGAUAUGGAAGAUGCAUCUUCGGAAAAAGUUAAUAAUAAAAGAGCUAUGGAAGAUAUCGAGAUAGAAGAAUUGGAUUCCCAAGAGCCCAUCUACGAAGCAGAUGAAGAUGAAGAAGUGCAUUGUGGAGAAGCUUUCAUUAUAGAACCCCAAAAAGAAAUCUCCUUCUCCAUCAGUGAUAGUACAAAUACCUCAUAUGAUAUUUACAGCGGAUUAACUCCAGAAGAUGAGAAAAAUGCCGAAGAAGAAUUUGAUAAAUUAAUUAAAGCGAUGUAGGGUUAAAUUCAUUUUUGUUGGAAAAUUUGAAACGGCCAAUACUUCAGUAUUGUUUGCGAGCGUGCAGCGUUAAAUAAUUGUUGCAUGUGAUUAAAAUUUUACUAUUUGAAAAAAAUAUGUAGCCGGUGUCUUAGCCAGAAAUUUUGCAACAAACCUCAUAAAAAUGGCAACGGCAAGAGUUGUUGGAACUGUAUAUCACAGGACUUUAGAAUUAAUUUAAUUUAAGUGUUUUAGCAAAACAAUUUUUGUUAAAUUGUGACGUACUUCAAUCAUGUAAGAGUAACAAAAUUACGCUCUCGUCUUUAACGUUUUUGGAUAUUAUAUGAACUUCACUUGCUUGCCAAACUAUUUAUUUAUUUAUUUCUUCUUCAAGGUACCAUCAUGCAAGUUAAGAUAAUUUUAGACGAUAAUUAUACGCAAUUAAAACAAAUGUCUCCAUAAACGUAACAAGUAUACUGCCAUAAAAAACCUCAGAUGAAUACAAUUUACUAUUUAUAGGAUUCAUAAUAUUUUUUCAAGGAGAACAUAAAGAUGUCAUACGAAGAUUUACAUUUUACCUUAUUGUUAAUCGAUCAGUUGAAUUUGAAUAUUGCAAUAAUUGUCUUGCAAAUUUUAACAGAUUAGUUCCUAGAUGUAGAUAUUAAGUGUUUCAAAGAUGUGAAUUAUCAGCAAAAAAGAUUCUUCAGGUUACAGUAUUAUUUGAAUAGGUUUGUCAAUCGCGGUCUAGUCAUAUUUGAAAACAAUGUUUUAUUAAAUUUUGAUCUAGCCGGAAAUGCAUCAUAUGCUGUGAACACAUUACUAUUCAUGUCUUAAUCUUGAACUCAAUUUUAACAAUGAAUUUUAAUAGCAUAUGUUAUGCACUUUUUUGUAGGAUUGUAUUUAUAUAUGUAUUGUUUUACUGUAUCUUAUAAAAAUAGUUUGAUUAUAUUGUUGAAUAGUG